AUGACCAUGAUGAAGCACGGGAAGCCAGAGGGAUUGAGGGCACUGACGAUUAUCAAGACAAUUAUGAUGAACAUAUUAUUGAGCUUUCUGGUGACGAGGAUGAACAGCAGGAGAUACCAGAUGUUGCUACUAUUGUGUCCAGUGAUGAUGAGCCUGUUAUGCCAUGCCCAUGGGUCAAGACUGAGAAGACGUCACUCCAUCCUUGAGAUGUCCAGGUCAAGCCCUGAAUGGGACACUGAUCUUGUGGGUUCAACUCCGGAUAGUCCCAUCAAAAGGGCAAACCUGACGGGUCCGCCAGACACUCCGGCCACACCAUCCCCAAGCAAAGAUAAUGUGAGAGCCAAGCGCAUUGAGCGACCAAGUCCUGUUGCAGAUGAAGAAGAGUCCCUGAAAGCAUCACCAACCAAGAAGUCACGUACAACGGUCAAUAAAGGCAAAGGCUGUGUUCAUUGGGGGCAAACAGUAAAUGGUCUCCAUUUUGAUGUGAACGGCAUUGAACCUUUGGGUACCAGACUUGACACUGUUGUUGAGAUACCAGAAGCCCUCAAGCGUGGGAAGCAACCAUCUGGAAAGGACAGAGAUGAUGCUGCUGGUGUUCCUGGUGCAGUGCUCAUUAGCUACAUGAUGCCCAAGCUUGAGCUCUUUCCCCCUACAGGCAAUGAGCACUGCAAGCAAUUGGACAAGGACAGUGUUGAGGGAUGGCUUGAGAACACAUAUGCAGAUAUGUGGCCUAUGCGUAAACAUGAUGUUCCUGAGCAUGCAUUUGUUGAGACAAAUCCUGUCAUCAAUGCAUUCCAGGAACAUGGCAUUUAUAUCCACAGACAGAACUUCAAGCGCACUAUCCAGUGGUCCUUCACUGGCAACUGGCUUGUCAAGCCUGCCCUCAUCACCUUCAACGGCAAUCCUGUCAUCAACUUUACCCUGGGCCCUGUAGAGUUCAGCUAUCUCAUGGAGGGCCACCUCGACUACAUUCAUGAUAGGUGGAGCAAGUGGAUCACCAUCAUGCCAUUUGCAGUGGAGCUUGAUCUUGCAUGGGGAUUCUGGCGUGAGGUGCUGGGUCAUGAUAAUCUGAUGUUGGGAUCCUUCAAGAAGGCUGAGGGAUACAUGUAUGUCCAUGAGCACCGUGCCAGCCAAGAUAUCUGGUCAGUAUGGUAUUACAUUGAUGUUGUUCAUGCUAAUACAUCAAUAGAGGAAUCCCAAUCCCGCCCAUCAUACUCACAAAAGUCCUUUGUUGACCUGACUAAGGUUGUCAAGAGCCCAAUGAAGGACAAGGUGUCAUCUCCAUCAUUCUCACCAUCUCCCUCCAAGCACCCCAAGUCUUGCAGCAGGCCUGCGGAAAUAUCAAGCUCACAGGUAGCAGUGUCUUCAAACCAGAAGAUACCCAUCUGGGAUGCCAGAGACUAUUUUGAGCAGCAGGAGGCCUCUGUCUUUGACAUGGAGACAAUUGCGGCCAACUGUCCUAUUGUGGAGAAGGAGCUUGCGCACCAUUCUGUUGUGGCAGUGCUGCACACUGUGUCCACCUAUGGACGUGUGGGUGUCUGUCAUGAGCUGUUUGGUGGUAAUGUUGCUACUACAGCUGAUGAAAGCACAGAAGAACUGUGA